UAACAUUGCUGUUAGUCAUUUCUCGUUCCGGAUUCUUGUCGGCGGGUGGCUAUUGGUGGCAACGGUAUUAGUCAACAGCUAUUCAGGCACCAUCGUUUCCUCUUUGACCGUUCCCAAGAUGAAACCGCAGAUCAACACAUUUGAGGAUGUGGCCGCUAGCAACGACGUGAGCCUUAUCAUCAAACCGGAUGUGAUUAUCGGACAACAAAUGUUGGCAGCAAAAUCAGGCGCUCUAAAGACGCUGGCUGACCAGGCUCGACGCUACCCAGCAGAUCUUUUGCUCAAGGAUCAGGCCACAACUGAUAUUCAAUUGGGAACUGGGCGUUACGCUUAUGCCUGGAUUCAAUCGUACUGCAAAUUCUUUAUCGCCCGCCAAUUAAAAAAAGACGGCAACAUCUGCCGUUUUCAAAUGAGCGAUCCCCUACCAUUUCAAGCUGCAUUUUUCUCGAUUGUCCUUCAAAAAGACAGCAAAUACAACUCGGCAUUUAAUGACGCUUUGAUGUUACUGUGGGAAAGCGGACAACUUCCGUUCUGGGUGAAAAAUGACGUUCCACCGGCGCGAAAAUGUUUCGCCCAAUCAAAUCCACGCAGGAAUUUGUCUCGACAAGUGCCAAUUCAACUCAAGGACUUGAUGAGUGCUUUCUUCAUUUUGGGCAUAGGUCUAGGACUUUCGACGUUGGCUUUUCUCAGCGAAAAAAUCAAUCAUUUUAAAACUAGACGAUCAGCAGUAAUCUCUUGUUAAUAGCAAGUGUGGUUAAUUUAAAAAAAAGAAAACAAGAAUUGGUACCAAGUCCAAAUAAAAUGU